UACCGAGCGUUCUCGUUCUGUGUCCGCGUAGCGAACGCGAAAUGCGGAUCGCUUGUUCAAACACGGACCGCUUGUCUGGAGGUAUUUUCGGUCGAAUGUCUGUUGAAUGUCCAACGUCAAACUAACUUCACCGCGGUAAAAUACCACGUUGUUGUGAGGCGAGAGCUUUGUUUUAUUACGACCAGAAAACGGCACCGCGGAGAACAAGUGUUGUGUGUCUACAUCUCCUUGUUGGGGCACAACCAUAUUUGUUGUUUUAACACUAAAAUAUUAUUGAAAAAUAUGCAACAUGACUAUAUAAUCUAGCUGCAGGGGUUGCAAGACAGUGACCUCUGAUCCAGUCCCAAGCCUGGAUCAAUAGAGUGUUGCGUUAGGAAGGGCAUCCGGCGUAAAACUUGCCAAUAACAACCAUGUGAAUUGUCAAUAAGAAUUUCAUAACGGAUCAGGCGAGGUCUGGGUUAACAACAACAACAACAACAACAGGGUGCCGGUAGAAAUUGGGCUACUGUUGGUCGAAGAAGGAGAGCAGGCAGAAGGGUGUGUUCUACCAUGGUGUGGAUAGAAAGACAAACGGAGUAGGAGUGAUCCUGAAGUGAACGCUGUAGCGAACGCGAAACGCGGACCGAUUGUCUGGAGAUAUUUUACCUGAAUGUCUGUUGAAUGUCCAAUAUCAAACCGCGACGUUCACCAGAACCACGGCUACAUGGCCGCAGUCUUACACGAGGAUAAUCAUCUAUAAAGAAUCCCGCUAUGAGCAGGUUUUCCCCUGGGAUCCUGCUCUUCCUGUUGCUGCUAAACCUGAGCUGGACUGUAGAAGGAAAUUGUUUUGGAUUUGGAAAGGGCGGAGCUGUUGCAAGGUCAGUGAAUGUGCCACAAAGUUUGUUUUCCACGGCCUUGAAAGCGCCACAACAAGCGAGAAAGCUGGACACGGCGCUGAACGCAAAAUAAUACAGGGGAAGAGACGUUAUGGAAGAAAGAAGCAAAUUACAGCUACGGUAUUUUUGUUUUGUUUAGCUCCGGUCAAAGUGGCAACGAGAUGAAGCUUAAUUAUGAAGGAUAAGAUUUCAUCCAUUGUCUUGAAACUGUCUUUGAAGUCUCGUGGUCACCACCUGAUGUUAGUCAGGAAUCAAGCUGUCCGGGUGGUGGGAGGAAACGUGUCGGUGGUUCUUGGAGAGAGCGCUACGUUACCCUGCAACCUCCUUGACACCACAGAGACGCUCACCCAGAUUUCAUGGCAGAGAAUGACUAAGGGGAAGCCAGAAAAUGGGAAUUUCAUUACGAUUCUGGCUGAUAAAACACACAUCUUCAGUGCAGCUGACUAUCGGUUCAAGAACAUUGGAAACUUUACCAAAUACGAUGGAACCCUCCAGUUAUCAGACGCCACGUUGCUGGAUGAAGGCAGCUACUCGUGCAUAUUCACUCUGUUUCCCAGCGGAAAUUUCAGGACAGAUAUAAUAGUAAACCUGCUCGUCCCUCCAGUCGUAACGGUGGAGGACGACGCCCCUCUGUUGGGGGGUGAAGAAGCUUCCCUUGCUACCUGUACGGCGGCUGGUUCCCGGCCUCCUGCUGAGGUGAAGUGGAUUAUGGGUUCUCUGGAGGGCUCGGUCCGUUCAACCACCACCUCCACCCUUCACGAUAACGGAACCACCACCACGGUCAGCUCGCUGCUUGGAGUCCCUACCAGAGACGUCAACCAGCGUUUGGUGAGAUGUGUCGUCACCAGCGCGGCGCUGACACAAGCAAAGAGCCUGCCCUUCACGUUACAAGUGUUCUUUUCACCCACGACAGUGAACGUCACUAAAAGAUCAGAUAAUUCAUUAGAGUGUAUGACUGAAGCCAACCCAGCUGCCAGCUUCACCUGGAGCAGAGCUGACAAGUCCUGGCCUCAGUCUGGUGUCACUGUAGUCGGACCAACGCUGCAGUUUGUGAGGAACACCGCUGGCGUCGAUGGCCUCUACCAGUGUGAAGCCUCCAACCAGUACGGGAGGAGUCAUGGUUACCUCUAUGUGCAUGUGACAUCAGGCUCCUGCACGGUUUGCUGGGUAUUAUUUAGCCUUUUGCUUGUCCUCUUUGCCAUUGGUCUUGCUGCAUGGUUCUUUUAUAAAUCCAGGGUCCAGGGAUCCAUCAGUAAAAGCAGAGAAGAAAGCACGCUUGCAGGGAUGCAGCCUGUCCAUGUAGUGGACGAUGAAACACCUACGUAAAGCACAUAAUGUAAAAUCUGUGCUACUCAUGAGUGUCUCAUGAACUACUCCUCCAAACACAAAGACAGCAUCAGUUUAUGGUGCAACAGUCCAACUGUCGGUGAGUAUUUGAGUACAGUUUUCCAGUCCUCCCAUAAUUUCUGUUUUGCUUUGGCAAGUUUACCCUCGUGCUGCAGGACAGAACAAUGAGGGAAUGUAUAUAUGUGCAUCAGUGCAGUGGGUCAAUGUGCACACAGACCUCACCAUGGCUCCAACGGUGAUGGAUGCGUUUUUUGUGUUUUCCAACGAUCAGCCUUAACUGUUCAUAUAAGAGGAGCGUGUAGCACAUACAGUAAAUACAGUACAUAAGAAACCAGGUUACUGACAGAAAGUAUCUCAAUUCUCUGUUAGACAUGGCACAUCUGUAAACUACAAUGUAGUGGUCAAUUCUAGAGCUUUAAAUAAAUUAACAAAGAUCCAACAAACAACAUGCAUUUCUAAACAUCAUCUUUUUUGCUUUAAUUGAUCUUUGCUAUGUUAGAUUUUCAGACUAACAUAGUGUAUUUUUAUAUAAUUGUAUGUUUCCACUAGAUUUUACUAAGAGCAUAAAAAAUCUUGCUGUUCAAGUUUUUCCAUUAGACAACAUGUCCAGAGACAUUUAUGGUGCUUUAGUUCAUGCUUCAUGUUUUUAUAAUAACAUAAUAUAAUCUUAAUUGAGGCUUCUCAGAGUCUCACAACAGUAUUUCCACUGUCAGCAAAUCCUGUCUCUUAGUGAACACGUUGUAGUUUUGCUUCAUGUUUAUUAUCUUGUUCUACAUUUGUCUUUUAUUUAUUUGAUUUGUAACAUUACAAAUGUCUCUGUCCUGUCACAUCAUCAGUGUUUUAAGAGUCCUUACAUUUCAAGUAGUGAAGUUUGCUUCUGAAUAUGAAGGUGACAUAGUUCAGUAGGUGUGUCGUUGGUCCUGUACUAUAGCUCUUUGUUUACAGUAUAGAUGGCCUUGAGGCCGUCUAAGUGCGUUACAUACCGUUAAACAGUUGGGCUGAUAAGGAAACUGUCUCAAACGGCUGUUGUUUCUACACUGAUAUGAGCAGUUGGAGGUUGGCGGCGUCUUCUGUCUGUAACCAAGCAUUUAAUCUACGUCUGUGUCAAUAGACCAGAGUUUGCUCAGUGAGCUAUUAAUGCACAUUAAACCCUUUGUAAAGCACACUUUAUAUAUUCACUAUAAACAAUAGUUUUUUUCAUGA